AAAAUGAAUAACAACAUUAUGAAAGACCUGCGCCUGAACGAGUACUUCCGCUCCAAGGACAAAACUGGAGUCUUGAUGAAAAGAUACGUUAAGAUGGAGAAGGAUAUGCAUGAAAUUAGAAAUCAGGUUGGGGAGCAUGGAGUCUUGCUUAAGUUAGGUAAUUAUGUCACAAUGGAUCUGAUGAAGAGCUCGAUGUCUAUGAAUAUGAGGGAGGUUGAGAAGAAGAUUAGUGGGAUGUUUAAGGAGUUUAAGGAAAGUAUGGAGGAAGAGAUAAAAACUCUGGUUACCAAACAUACGAUGGAGGAAAGGCUGAGCAAGGUUCAAAAUGAUUAUGGAGGAAAAAUUCAUGAUAUUGAUGGUCAAUUGAAGUGGAUGAAACAGUUUCUGUCAAAUAGAUUUGGAGACAAAUUUAACAAAGGCUAUAACUCAGGGGCAACUGAUGAAAAGAAUUUAGAGGAUAGAUUAAAAGAAUUAUUAGAUAAAGUAAAUAAAAUGGACGAUCAGAUCUCAAAUUCAAACAUUAUCUCUCAAAAUGACCAAAAUGGAUCAAUUCUAAACGAGGAUACAAUGAAGCAUCAUGAUGAGCUGUUAAAGGAACUUCAGGCUAAAAUUGAUAUGCUGAACAAAACAAUCAAUGAUGAUAUUCUCGCAAAGCAAAAGGCUUUAGAAGAAGAGGCCAAGGACCUAAGUGAUGAUAAUAUGAAUGAAAUGAAUGCUGACCUCAAGAUAAGAAUUUCCAAAUCAGGAUCUCGGAGGACAAAGAAUCCUAACAAAAACAAUAAUGAUAAAAUGGCAAAAGAGCUGAAGGAAUUUGAAUUCACAGGUCUAAAGCCACUGGAGGAAAAGAAGAAAACCUUUUCAAAUUAUAUAGACAAUGAACUCACUAAUUUCAAGGAGUUCGUCAAGAACAAAAUUGAGCCAUUGAAAAGCAAAGUUCUAAGAAUACAGAAUGAGAUAGAGUCUUUUAAGAAUCCCCUCUUGCAGGAAAUGAUUCAAAUUAGAACGCAGAAUGAAGCUUUGUUGAAAGAUUUAGGCAGGCAAAAGAAGAUUUAUAGAGAAAUGCUAGGAGAAUUUUAUAAGAUGAUCGCUGCCAAUGAAGUACAUGAACAAAAUCUUCGAGUUAAGGAGCUUUUUUCAGCAAGUCAUGAAACUAAGGAUUUCCCCAUUUCUCCUAAAAGUAGUGCAACUAAAAGAAACUUAGUUGAAGGUAAUGAUGACUGGGAUAUCCAUGCUCAUACUCCUAAGACUUCUGUAUCAAGAGGAAAGGGGGACAUUUCUGGAGUGAGCUUGCCCUUUGGAGAGAUGCAAUUGAAAAGACCUAGAACAAAAAGUUUGACUAAAAACUUCUCUCCUAAAACUAAAAGAAUUCUUAAUAUAAAAAGAGGAGAUUCGAAUCAAGAUUUUUCAUUAACUGACAAUCUUAUCAAAAUGUCAACUCCAAUGAAUAAUACAGUCAAGAAGAACUUAAAGACAUUAAACAAUACCGCUCUACCGCAUAGAAUUGGUAAAAGAAAUUCUAAAAGAAAUACUCUUUUCCAAAGCGACAAAAAAUUAUGCCUCCGUUUAGGCCAAAAUAGUACUCGUUAUUAAAAUUUACAACCCUCA